AUGUUUUCAAGAUUUUCGAGUCGAACUGCAAAAACAACUAUUAAGCAAUGGGUUAAGGUCACCCCUAAACAGCAUACAAAAUUCAUAGCUGCCCCAGUAUUGGCAGCAACAACAACAGUUGGUAUUGGUUGUUACCUUUAUUUUAAUACAAUUUAUGCUAAUAUGGCUGAUGAAGGUCUUCAUCCACCUUCAUAUCCUUGGAUUCAUCGCAGUCCUUUCAAUACUUUUGACCAUGCUAGCAUCCGUCGUGGUUAUCAAGUUUAUAGAGAAAUUUGUUCUGCAUGUCAUUCUCUUGACCGUAUUGCUUGGCGUCAUUUAGUAGGCGUGUCACACAGUGAAGAGGAAUUGAAAGCAAUGGCUGAGGAAGUAGAAUACAGAGAUGGUCCUAAUGAUAUUGGUGAAUAUUAUCAAAGGCCAGGAAGGCUUUCUGAUUACAUGCCACGUCCUUAUCCAAAUGAUGAGGCUGCUCGUGCUGCUAAUGCAGGAGCUCUUCCACCAGAUCUUUCAUUAAUUACUAAUGCACGUGAGCAUGGUUCUGAUUACUUAUUUGCUCUUCUAACUGGUUAUGUUGAUCCACCAGCUGGUGUUGAAAUGCGUGAAGGUCUUUAUUACAACCCUUAUUUCCCUGGUGGAUCUAUUGCGAUGGCCAGGGCCUUACACGAUGGCUUAAUUGAAUACGAAGAUGGAACACCGGCUACUACAUCACAGAUGGCAAAAGAUGUUACAACUUUCUUAAAUUGGGCAGCAGAACCUGAGCAUGAUGCUCGUAAAAAAAUGGGACUUAAAGCAAUAGCAAUUUUAUCAAUAAUGUUGGCACUUUCUGUUUGCCUAAAACGUUGGAAAUGGACUACUAUUAAAUCCAGAAAGAUUUUAUAUGCACCACCACCCAAUAAAUGA